GCGGGGCCAAGGAGCGCUGCGUUCAUUGGCUGCGCUGCGAAUUGCGGGCGCGCCGGCGCGCCAGCACGGGCUGCUGGUCCGCCCCGCUGGGAGCUGCGGGGUGACCAUGGCUGAGUUCUCGCAGCAGCGGGGCAAGCGGCGGGAUGACAGCGGGCUGGGCAGCGUCCUGGACCUGCUGCUGGCCAACGCCAGGCUGGUGCUGGGCGUCAGCGGCGCGGCCGUGCUCGCCAUCGCCACGUUGGCCGUCAAACGGCUGAUAGAUCGAGCCACGAGCCCUCGAGAGGAAGAUGAUCCUAAAGCUGAGCAGAAGAGCCUGGAGGAGAGCUGGCAGGACCUGGCUCUGAUCAAGGCAACACCAAAACCUCCCAAGAAGCAGAGAAGGGAAGACCUGAGCAAACCCCUGCUCUCCCCGGCUCCACCACCAGCACCAGCUGAUGCUUAUGAACCCAGGGUCUGCCCAGCGCCCCCAGAGCUUCCUCAAGUCGAGUCCAGCACUCCCUGCUGUCUCACACUGCAGGAGAAACUGCUGUCACACUACAGCAUCCACCUCCCUAUGUCUGAGGAGCAAGUGGCAGUUGCCCAUCAGCUGGCCCGGAGCAUUUGUGCUGAGCUUCAGAGCUUCUUACAGAACAAGUGCCCAGAGCUGCCCUUUGGCAGCCUCUUCCUCAGCGGUCCCCUGCUCGAUGGCCUCGGAGCUCUUGCUGCUGACCACAUCCACUUCAUGCUGCCAGUAGUCCUGGAUGCCACUCUCUGGAGCCUCAUCCCAGGCGAGGACACCGUUGUGAGAAACCCCCAGUACUGGAUGAUCAAAAGGACUGACUUGGAGUAUUUCCCUCGUGGGCGCAGCCCCUGGGACAGGUUUCUCGUGGGCCAGUACCUCUCCUCCAAUGUGCUCAACGAGACCCUACACAAGAUGUUGGUGGCCUCCAUCAACUGGCCGGCCAUCGGCAGCCUGCUGGGGACGGUCAUCCGCCCGCUCGUGGCCUCCCGGGAGCUGAGGCUGGAUGUCAAACACGAUCAGGUUGAGCUGAGCAUCGGCCUCUUCCCAGUGGUGGAAAUGGAGGACAAAGUUCUUCUGGCCGCUCCUCCUGAAGGACUGGUGGAAAACCUCUGGCUCGAGAGCUUUGGCAGGGCGGAGGUCUUGAAGGUGAAGGAGCUGGAUGCUGGUGAUGCUGGUGCUCGGCAGCACUGCCUCCGUAUCCUGAAUGGGGUCUGCAGGAUCCAUCCUGCCCUGCACAAGCUGAGCGGCAGCCCCUUGGCACACGUCAUCCUUCACCUGAGCACCACUGAGUCAGACUGGGCAGAGGAAAGCCUGGCCACCAGGUUCCAGCAAGUGCUCGAGGAGCUGGUGGGUUACCUGGAGAAUGGGGUCCUGCCUUGCUACUUCAACCCCAAAGUCAACCUUUUCUGUGACCUGCUGGAAGAGGAAAUAGAGGAGAUGGGCUUCCUGCUCUAUAGGGCUGUGUCUGAGCCAGGACUCCUGCUGACAGAGAAGUGACUGGUGCAGCGGGAGCUACUGAGCGUGGGGUGUUCCUCAGCUGUCUGGGCUGUGAUGCUUCUAGUUGACUAGUCGGCAGGAGGCCAAGUUCUUGCACUUUAUGAACAAAAGUAUUUCCUUUCUGAAUAAAACGUGCCUGAGAGUAAUGGGUGAUGGUGUAAGAAGCCAUUUGCUGUGGGGCUCUGCCUUACCCACAGGGAAUGCAGCCCUAAAGCAAAGUCCCAUCUGCUGGGAACCAACAUGGAACAAGUUUGGCUGCUGGAUCUCAGCAAACUGCUCCUUCCCAGCCUGCCAUCCCAACCUCUAGGCUCCCCCUGUGCUCCAAACAGAGACCUGAGCAGUUCAGAGCUUCCCCUGCCCCUUGUAGCACGCACGUCCCUUGAUGCUGCUACAAACUUCAUGGCUUAUGAUGUGCUGUGUGGGUCCUUCUGUGAGCACCGAGCUCAGUCAUGCAGUGCCAUGGGGUGAGGUGGGAACAUUGUUCCAUGCCAGGGAACAAUGGAUGCUGCAAGGUAAUGCCAUGGCAGGGUUACUCUUUGGAAAUCAUUUCAGGUACCAAAUGACAGCCCGAGCUCAGCGCUGCCGGCUGCUCUGCCAGCAUCAGCUCUGCCCCCAAGGAGGGUUCUCCAUGGACAUUCUCUGAGCUGCUGUGCUGCAGCAUGGGCUGACAGCUACAGGAGCUGCAGCCUCCUGGUGGACACCAGUGCCCAUCUAACAGGCCAUGGUGUCCCCUCCCAGCCUGUCAAGUGACCUUUUCACGUAUGUGUUGCUGCUGUUUUAAUGUCCUGUUGCCCCGAAGCCUCAUGGUGUGGGGCAGGAAAGGACUGGAUUGAUGCACAGAGCAGAGUACUUGCAAGAAGUCAAGAGGUGGUUUGUACUUCUUUUCAUUAAGAUCUAUUUUGUUUGAGUAUCUUUUUGUCGUUUUGGCUUUUUUUGCCUUUGAGUGGCUGCUGGUAGGUUUUGUUUCUGAUUGUAAUCCAAGUGUGAAGGAAUACAUUCUUGUAUUUAAUGGGAAGAGUGAUGCUGUUUUUGCACACUGGUAGAGAUGGUGAAAUCCUGUGGGCUUUAGUGUGAGCAUCUGUUGUGGUUUAGUUUUCUUUACAACCAUCUUGUUUACGGGAGGAUAAAAAAAUCACUAUGCCUUUCCUCUUAGUCUGAAGACGACUUGGUUUGUUCCUUCGAGCAACUUCCCAAGUGUUAGUGACAAGAAUAAAUCCUUGCUGUGUACACUGGU